UAAAGCAUGACCCUCCCUUUUACUUCUCUUUAUAUUGUAGGACUGGAAUUUGCCCACCAUUUCAUCCUCUGCAUCAGCACAUCAUAUGAGCAGAGAGCUGUUUGUGCUCACCUACGGUGCAUUGGUAGCCCAGCUGUGUAAAGAUUAUCAACAGGAUGAAGAUGUGAACAAGUGUUUAGAUGACAUGGGAUACAAUAUUGGCAUCAGGCUGGUUGAAGACUUUUUAGCUCGCUCUGCUGUGAAGAAGUGCCGGAAUUACUCUGAAACUGCAGACAUAAUUGCACAGGUUGCUUUCAAGAGGUAUCUGGGUGUUACCCCUAGUGUGACUUGCACUAAGUGGAAUGAAUUCUCCCUUAUUCUCGAUAAGAAUCCCCUAGUUGACUUUGUGGAAGAAUUGCCAGCAGGGCGGUCUUCACUUUGCUUUUGCGGUCUUCUGUGUGGUGCCAUUAGAGGUGCUCUGGAAAUGGUAAAUCUUGCUGCUGAAGUUACUUUCAUUCAUGACUCAUUGAAGGGUGAUGAAGUGACAGAAAUUGGAAUUACAUUCUUAAAAAAAGUUGAAGACAAGAAAAAGAAAAAGAAUAAGUGAAACAAGUAUAGAAAUAUUGAUCACUACUAGUUUGGCAUUUUUUACCUUCCUAGAAAGAGAAUCUUCCUGAUCCAGAAAAGGGAGCCACACAGAACAUCUGCCUGUGGACCCCUUCCUGGAUCCCGUCCAUCACAACAAACAAAGCGUGCUGGCAGGGCGAGGUUUCUGCAUCCUACUAUCCAAAGGUACAUGAAUGCUGCUCCCAGUGAGAUCAUUUGGCAGUUUGGUCCAAGAUAUCUAAGGGAGCUUCUGCUUUUAGAACCUCUUUUUGCGCUUAGGUCACCGGAGGGAACUCUGAAGUUAUGUAGAGGGCUGGGAUGAUCAGACUUUAUUGGUAGUUACACCCUGCCUGUGGCACUCCCUGCCCAAGGCUUCUCUCCAUAGGUCUAUGAUACUUUGGAGAAGGCUAAGCAAGAUUU